AUGGUCGGCACCGGCGAGUACACCACUGGCUUUGUCGGUGGUGGUGCGUCCGGAUCAGACAAGAAGGUCGGCGUGGUUGGCCUGACCCUCUUCGACCUGCGCCGACGAGGCAAGGUCAGCGACCUGAGCAUGGUGGGCGUGUCGGGAAAGAAGUUCCCCGGAAUCCGCGACCACUUGCACCGCAACAUCUCGCAAGUCUACAACAACCUGGACACAUCCUUCACAUCCUUCCCGGCAGACGAUCAAACCGACCCAGAUGCCUACAAGACCGCCAUCGAUGCGCUCCCCCGCGGAUCGGCCAUCACCAUCUUCACCCCCGACUCCACCCACUACCCCAUUGCCCUCUACGCCAUUGAGCGCGGUCACCAUGUCCUGAUCACCAAGCCCGCCACCCAGCGUCUGGGAGACCACCUCUCCCUGGUCGAGGCUGCUCGCAAGCACGGCGUCUUCGUCUUCAUCGAGCACCACAAGCGCUUCGACCCUGCUUACUCGGAUGCCCGAGCCAAGGCCAAGACCCUCGGCGACUUCAACUACUUCUACAGCUACAUGAGCCAGCCCAAGAGCCAGCUCGAGACCUUCAAGGCCUGGGCCGGCCGGGACUCAGAUAUCUCUUACUACCUCAACUCCCACCACAUUGAUAUCUGCGAGAGCAUGGUCCCUGAGUACAAGCCUGUGCGCGUGACUGCCACGGCAUCUCAGGGUACCGCUGCGGCUCUUGGGUGUGUGCCCGAAACCGAAGAUACCAUCACUCUUCUGGUGGAGUGGCGCCGCCGUGAUGACCCCUCGAAGAUUGCUACCGGUGUCUACACCGCAAGCUGGACAGCGCCUCAGAAUGCAGGCGUGCACUCCAACCAGUACUUCCACUACAUGGCCGCCAACGGUGAGAUCCGCGUCAACCAGGCCAAGCGCGGCUACGAAGUCACCGGUGACGACCAGGGACUGGUCCAUUUCAACCCAUUCUACAUGCGCUACGCUCCCGACGAGGAAGGGAACUUCAGCGGCCAGACCGGCUAUGGCUACAUCAGUUUCGAGAAGUUCAUUGAUGCCGUCACUGCUGUGAACGAAGGCCGAGUGACUCUCGACCAGCUCGAUGCUCGUCCGCUCCCCACUCUGCGGAACACGAUCGGCACCACGGCUAUCUUGGAUGCUGGUCGUAAGUCACUUGAUGAGAGACGGCCAGUCGAGAUUGUCUCCGAGGGAGAUAACUGGGAGCUCAAGUAG